CUUAUUUUAAUUUCUAUGGAUUUAAAUAAUUUCAAUGGCGCCUGCUAAGAAACGUGUUUCUAAGAAACUUAAAAAAUCAUGGAGGAAACACGUAGAUAUAACUGAUGUUGAAGGUUUUUUAGAUGACAAACUACUUGAAGAACGUUUAGGAACACCAUUUACAGAGCGUCAAAAUGAAGAACUUUUCAGUGUUGACAAGGAAAAAACAGAUGUUAAUGAUGAAAGAAAACGGAUGACAAAAAAACAGAAGCGUGAAGAAUUGAAAAAUAAGCCAUUUAGGUGUUUUGAAAUACUUACUGCAAGAAGUAAAGUUCCAGAUCCUGUGAUCAAAAGGAAUCGCGUGCGAACUCCAGAUGAAAGGAAGUCCACGCUUGUUAAGAAGAUUGAAGCAGACCGACUGCGUCAAGGAAUUGUGAAGAAAAAAUACAUUAUAGCUCAGAAGAAUAGAGAAUUGGCUAAACUUGCGAAGAAAAAUGUUCCCAAAAUAGGCACAUUUAAAAACGAUCUGUGGGUCAGUAAUGGUAAACCAGAAGAUAAUCCUUUAGUUGAAGUUGGAGAGUGGUUUAAACCUACAACAGUGGCCAACCUUGUUAAGAACACCAGAUUGUUCAAGAAGCAGCCUCCAAAGAGUGUUUUGAAUAAGCCUACAAAGUUAAAUGCCAUAGAAGCACCCCAUCCAGGAACGUCUUACAAUCCAUCGUAUGCUGACCACCAGGCGUUGUUGAAGAAGAUAGCAGAAACCGAGCUUGAGAUAAUUAAGCAGGAGAAGCAUCUUGAACGUGUGACAACUAAAAUGUUCUCCCGAGUUUCUGUGAAAAAGGCAGAGGCUGAUUGGUUCUCGGAAAUGUCGGAAGGACUGCCGUUCAGCGAGAAGAUAGAAGUGAAGGAUGAACCAUCUGAUGAUGAUGAGUACAGAGCUGUUAAUCCUCCCACACAAAACAAGAAAAAGACUUUGAAAAAGCGGAGAAAGUUGAAAGAAGCCAGAGAAGAGGAGAAGGCAAGAAUACAGGCUAAAAUAGAGAAAAAGAAAACAGCUGAUAUAUACCAGCUGAGGUUCCUGCAGCAGCGGCUGAAGGAGGCAGAAGCGAGGCUGGCAGACCUGCAGGCGAGGCGGGAGAAGGCGCGGCAGCUGAGGCAGCUGGAGCCCAAAAAGCUGAGCAGGAUGAAGUUUGAGCCACUGGAGCUGGAGUUCAACCUGGCUAGCGAGCUGGGCGGCAACCUGCGGAGCAUCAAGCCCCAGGGCAGCCUUCUCAAGAGCCGCUUCAACAGCCUGCAGAUGAGGAACAUCAUCGAGCCAGGAUCCAAGCAUGCGAAGCACAAGAGUAAAGUGAAAUGGUUCAAGACGAAUAGCCACAAAAUGGACUGGGAAAUAUAGAAGACUUGAUGGUAUAUAACAAAUCUCGCAAGACUUGACCACUGAUUUAAUGAGAACAAUAGGAUGGUUUUAAGGGAGCAGUUUGACAUCGUCCGGAUGACGAUUUUCCCCAACGAUUCAGCAGACAGCGGAUCACCAGAGGAGAAUCCUUGUUGGUGGCGGCUGAUGCAGACUUUGAUAUAAUAGCUUUUGAGCGAUUGGGAGAAAGUUAAUGCAUCUCACCCCGGCACUCCUGUUACUACAACAUGACUCCAUUAUGAGGUUCUCGAACAGCAUCCAGGAAGAAAGGCAUACUGGCUGCGAGACGGAAGACAUCCCGCUUCCAUUGUGCCGCUCCAGCACUCGGACAGCGUUUUGUGGUCCGCGGCAGUGGCAGGGGUCGUGACUACGACUUGCUGUAAUUGCUGAUGUGGUGACGUGAUACUUUCACAUCAUACACGACGUGGAUGCUUCAAGUCCAGUUUUUCCCGUUAGGUACAUUAUCAUUGUUACACAUUUAGCUUUCGCACUCGAAGUAUAGGUGUCCCAGCAUAAUCUCAAUUCACUAAGCUUAAUUAUGUGCCACUUACAUGCUUGCAAAUGUAAGUUAAUCACCUACUCUCACUUCUGUUUUUGCUGUUGCUGACACAGCAGGUUUAAUUGAACUACUUAAAUAACCCAAAACUUAGCUAGUUUCAAAUUACAUUUAAAUUUUCAUAAAUUACGACAAUAUUCAAUACUAACUUAAAUAAUAAUUGUAAUGCUAACCUUCGCUAACAAUAACUGUUUGAACAUUAAAACACGUGUUAAACUUUAUAAUAUCUCGAUAACAUAAUAGAUAAAUUUUUUAGGAUUUACAAUUUUGUUUUAGUCAUGAUUAGUCAUUUCCUUAUGUACAAUAUGUGUCAUAUUAACUAUCAUUAAUUAAUCUUGGUUAGGGAAUUGUACACAAUGGUGGGUGUACUUUCCUAAUUUGGAUACUUUUGGAGUAUCCCAUACUCACGUUCGGUUAUCUCCUGGAUAUAAUAGAAGGUGUAUAUGUUUAAAUCAAAUUGAGAAAAAUUGUAUUAUUUUAAAGUAGUAAUGUGUUCUAAACAUACAUGGGAUUCAUCAUAUAUAAUAUAAGUGACUACUAGUAUAUGCAUGUGCUUUGUAUUUGUUUGAAUAACUAUAAACUCUCAAUGCUGUCAUGUACAUACUACUACAUACAGUAACACCAACCAUAGGCAUUUUAGUUCAAGUCACAACUUUUAAGUCAACACAUGGAGUAUGCCGAAUACCAUUGUUAACUAUGACUAAAACUAAGCAAAUCAGCUGGUUUUCGUGUAAUCAAUUAAUGCCAAUUACUAAAAAUUCCUUAAAACAGUAGGUUUCUAUCAGGUUGCUUCCGAAUAGUUUCACCGUAUGACCUUGACAUAAUACGUCAAACACUGUUUGACUGCCCAUCUGCAGCAAUAGCUCUUCGGCUAUAUGUCCAUAGACACUGCAGUAUCUAUAUCCCGGCGAGGGUGGCAUAUCUCUUCACCUCUUCGCAGGACGAUCGACUGAUAUAAACUUCAGUCGACAUACACGAUGCCAAGCUCACAUUAGUGCGACUCCUCAGUAUACUGCAAACUGGAUUAUCACCUCACUACACACAAUGUGUAAACAAUACGUCUCUAAACCCCAGACUAAGAAUUAAAUAAAAUUUCAUUUUAUAAGCUGACUGCUUGACUAUUUUAGCCUUUCGUUAGAAAGCUUCUGGACUCCAUGUCGACAUUAUACUUGAGUGAUGGGCGUUUUGUACUCUCGCAGUUGUGUUAGGUUGUAUCUGCCUAUGACUUGAUUAUUCUUCAAAUCCUUUAAUGUGUAGCAAUUCGAGUUCACGACUUCCGUGAUGACAUAGGGACCUGUGUAGAGUAGGAAUAGCUUCUUAGUUACGAACUCCCAACUCUUGCUUAUGGGUGCAGUUUUCCGCAAUACUAGAUCUCCUAUGCAGAAGCUCCGAUGCUUGGAUGCUGGUUUUUGCCGACGUCUGACUGCAGCUUCUGAUACCAGCUUAGCAUGUACUAGUUUACGAACUUCUUCUCCACUGGGUAGAUUGUCUUCUGUUGGUGGUAUGUCAUAUUUGGGUAAAUAUGCAGGGUUGAUCGUCAAAGACCGAUUUAGACAGAGGGUUUCAUAGGGCGUUCGUCCAGUUGAUCCGUGCACAGUAUGAUUCAAAAUACAUUCCACAUAGGGAAGCUUAUCACGCCACGACUGUUGGGACUGGUGGCAAUAUGUACGUAGCAAUGUCCCGAGGGUUCUCAUUUGACGUUCAACAGGAUUGCUCUGAGGAUGCCGUACAGAAAUAGUGGUUGGAACGGCAUAAAAUUUGCGCACACCCUGUUGCCAAAUUUCGCUAAUGAAUUGUGUAGCUCGGUCAGACAGAACGACCGUUGGCUUACCAAUUUCUUCAGAAAAUAAUUUUAAUUUUUCAAACAAUGUUUUAGCUGUUGUGUUGACAAUAGAAUACAGUCUAGUGUAUUUGGAAAAUACGUCAUGAACGACGAAAAUAUGUUUUACCCCUCUGUCCGUGAGUCGGGUCUCGGUCUGGGGUGGAUUAACCUCAACCCUUUUUAGUUUAACUCGCUCUUCGUAUUUUGUCGGCCCUGUCCUGUAGGCUCGACAGUGUUGGAAUUAAUUCAGACUCCUCCAUUCGUGGAGUUGGCUAGGGCCACCUGAAAUGACUCCGCCGCAGGAUUCAAUGGCUCGUUGCGUGCGAAGUACCCUAACUGCUGCGUAGUUACUGGUGGUGAGAAUGCUUUCUGAAAAGACGAUGAUGCUUGCUUACUGCCCUGAACGAUGCUUCUGUUUCCUGAAACAGUGUUGACUUGAUGUGAUGACAGUCGGUCCUCUUCGGUCUUGUUGGUGUAUCGACUGUCGAAAGACUUGCGAUAUCUCUUCGCAUCCUCGUACUCUUCGUCCGAAUGAGACUUGCGUCGUCCUGACGUAGAUUUCUUGGGUGGCCGUUCCUCCGGUGAUAGGGAACGCCGACUUCUGUUACCUCGUCGAGGUUCAUCUCGGUACAUUUGACUGUCUUCAUUGUCACUGUGGUACUUUUGGUUACUUGACCACCAGGUCUUGCUCCUGUAUGGACCUGAAUGUCUGGGUGGACAACUGGAACAUUGGCUGUGGUAGCCACCUUUUCUUCUGUGGCCUUGCUGAUUGCAUCGUUGAUUCUCUUCACUCUCCCAUCCUAGCAGGUUGACGACCGCUUGUCUGUUUUCUCGCUGCUUACUGUCACGCGACUGCCAAUAGUUAUGUACCGGCUGAGGCUUUGGGUAUUUCACUUUCGUUUCAGACUCUUCUUUGUUGAAUUGUGGCUUGUGUAGCCUUUCCAACUUGUCCAGUAACAACAGCUGUUCCCGGAAGUCGGUAACAUCUUUAUAGCUUCUGCCACUCAGUUGCAUUUGGUACUUUAAAGGAAGCUGUGUUGACACGGUAGCAAUGAACUCUUCAUCUGUCAUAGCCAGGUCCAGGUAUCUAGUACUUUCAUACAUACUGGAAAUAUGUGCUUCCAGCGAUGCUCCGCGCUUCAGAUCGUACCGUUCAGUGUGAAGUUGUGCGCAUAAGUUCCCUUUGAUCCUGAGAUUCCAAUACUGUUGUCGAAACUUCUCCUUGAAAUGUUCAUACGAGUGGGUGGUGUUGAGCUGUAUUUCGCACCAGUAAAAUGCAUGACUCUUUAGAGCCGUGCUCAAACAUCUCAGUUUCUCUGUAUCGGAUAAGCCAAAGGUUUUUACAUACUCUUCAAAUUUGUUUAAGAAUCUUACAGGAUUCUCGGAUGACUUGCCAGAAAACGUCGGCAUAGACUCCGACCAUUGGCGAGCAGGGUGAUGAAUAAGUGUAGCCGGGUCUAGGCUGGUCAGGUUGGCAGGCGUGUUCAGGAUCUGUCUGUCAACUACUGGCAUGUCUGGCGCAGUAUCCUGACUCCUACUCUCCUUUAAUGGACUGCUAUUUUCGAUUUCUGUUCUGGGAAUAUGGUUGGUAAUAAGCGCUGAUCCCAGUUCAUGUACUCGUCGCUCCAAUGAUUGUACAUGGGCUUCUACUUGGUGGUGGUGUUGUUCAACACGCUGACUCAGGGAGAAUGUUUUAGCCUCAACAGCCUUCUCCGCAACUUGCACAACGUCGCCACCGAUCGCAUUGACUCGAUUGCUUAAUAUGGAUGUUGCCUCUUCUAUGUGAUCUAAUCUUUCGGAUAGGUGUAAGGUCUCUUCCCUUAUGGCAGAGUGGUUAUUAGAACACUGCCUCUUAAGCUCUUGGCGUUCUUGUGUAGCAGUGAUGAGAAGCGCCUUCGUGCGUGACUCCAGCUGUUCGACCUGGGACUGUCCUUGUGAAACUCGAUCAGCCAGUUGUUCCAAGGUCUUGUGUUGUUCCCUGAACUUUGACUCCAAUCGCCCCUCUAAUAUAUUGAGAUCGGUUCUUAGACAGGUCUCUAUGUUAAACAGUCCCGACUGUAAUUCUGUACGCACGCUGCUAAUGUCCGACUGUAGGUCUGUACGCACGCUACUAAUGUCCGACUAGGUCUGUACGCACGCUGCUAAUGUCCGACUGUAGUUCUGUACGCACGCUGCUAAUGUCCGACUGUAGGUCUGUACGCACGCUGCUAAUGUCCGACUGUAUACUACUUAUGUUGACCUGCAAGUUGAGUAACAUCUGGCCUAAACGAUCCAGAUCGAAGACUUCUGGUGAUGGAAUAGACACAUGGCCCAAGACAGCUGUUUGUAUAGGUGCUGUUACUACUGCAUCCGCUGAUAUCCUAUCCAAAGCUACAUUAAAAGGUUCCUGAAUCUGUUCAAUUACAGCAGCUGCAGCUGGUAACACUGAGGUUCUGGAGGUGUCACACCUUGUAGGCAUCUGAGCGGGGACCAACGGCCGCUCCAGACAUUCACAUUCUCUGGUAAGCGAUGUAACCGGACUGUCCACUUUAACUACCCUUUCCGGUGAAACCAUGUUCUCGGACGAAGAUGUUAGUGUGUUACUACCUGAGUUAAUAACCUCAACUUCGUUUGACUCAUUGUAGGUAGCCUCAGUUCUGUUACGGAGACUGUAAACUGACGCACUACCUCUAGACAUGGUGUAUGGAGUAGGUAGUAAGAUGCCCAAUAUUUUCAAUAACAAACUAAAAAAAUACUAAAUAACUAAACAAAGCACUCGUCGUACAUUCGUGCCCUACGUACUGGGCUCCAUUUUCUCUAUACUAACAUUAGGAUCUUCAUUGUGGAUAAAAAAUUUUCUCUGUGAGUGGGUGUGCAUGUAUAAUUUUCUGUGUUAUAAUUACAAAAUAAAAAAAAAAGUACUUAUAGGCUAAUCCUCAAUACUGGAAUACAGAUUCUACACAAUAAAUAAAGCUCGAACAAUAUGGUUAGCUUUAAUCUGUGAUGGUAUAUGGAAAAUUAUAAUUAAGGAUGUAAAAUUAUGAACAAAUAAACCAUUUGUGUCACCUCAAAUGUUUGUUAAAUGACUGGAAGUUAGGUUGGGCACAUCAUUUAAAAAAACAAAAGUUAUUGUCAAUAUUAUAAUUGGGUUCCAACAUUAAUGCACACCACGAUAUAGUUUAUAUUAUAAUGUUUUAAUUAUAAAUCCCGGCCAACUGUUGUCAAUGGUAGAGAACGAAAUUCAUACUUUAGGACUUCUGAAAUUCCGACGAGUACUCAGUAUUAGUCAACAGACUCGAUUGUAUUUAAUUAAUUUCUUCACUCAUAAAAUAUAAUCUCAUACGAUUAUCACUUCAAAAGGAAAAACACGGCCUUCGUAUUUCAUUUUAAUUAUUUCCUUUUCGAGCAUAUCAAUUCUUCCAUUCAUUUUAAAACUCUUCUCUAAGCAUAGAGUAAUGUACAUACAAUAUGACAAUUCCAAUACCAUAGCACAUACUUCAAUAUAUCAAACAAACAUGGCACUGAAAACUAAAUAUAUAUCGAUUCACAAAACCAAUGCAAAAAGUUCAUCUGUAACAAUUUUUCGUUACAACAGGAAUCGACCCAUCACUAAUAUAUAUCAUAGUUGUAUUUCAUGAAUCAAUAUAUAUCAUAGUUAUGUAGUUAUUAAAUUAUUUUUUAUAAUUAUGUAUUAAAUAAUUAAAUUUCCCAGCCUCCAUUAGUAAAUUCAUGUUUCAUUAAGCAAUAAACGUGUCAUCAACAAACAAAUGAAAACAAGCAAAAAUAUGAUUUGAAAAAAUAAUGGUUAUGUUGUGUUUAUGAACUAAAAUACAUGUGCAUCUGCAUUGCAUGCUUUUCUUAGAAUGAGUUAGUUUGGGCAAUUUAGUAAAUUAAUAAAAAAAAAAUUUAACCAAAAUGUGUUCUACUUCUGUAUUGGUUUGUAAUCUGUGAAUUUGCCAUAGUUGAGACACAAAAUUCAAGAGGCUAUUGCUUCCAUUACUCUGGUCUCUUUAACAGGUGUGGGAAGAAUUUUACUUUAAGGUUGGAUAUGUGAUGUGUAACUAAAGGUGCACAUAUUGAACGUUUGUAGCAAAAACUGUUAGGUACCUUCAAUUUGAUGUAUAUGUUGUAAAUUGUCUAAAUUAAACUUUAAUAUAUGUCAUUGAAACUGGGACAUUCUUUUAUGGACAUUCUCACUUGGACAUCAUGUAUAACUGGCGAAAAAGUAACUAUUUUGCAUUUAUUGUGGGUGCCACAAUUUGUAAUUCUAUUUGCGAGUUCUGAAAUGCCUACCAGUGGCGUAGCCUGGAUUUGGGUUUUGUUUGAAGACACUGCAUGCAUAGGCAGGUGAACAUUGGUUAUGCACAUGCACACAUGAACAGUAGUGCAUAUAAUUACACACAUUGUGAAGUAAUCAGCUCCACAUUAUGGUCUAAAAUCUAUAAGUUAACAUUAAUAUUUUUAUAUAUAUUACAAGUGUAACGAGUGCAAUAGAUUUAUAUCUUAUAUGUAAGAUUAAAUGUUAAUACUUGGAAGUUCACAUUAAUUUGACAAUUUUACUAUUUUUACUUCUAUAUCAUUAUCAAUUUUAUAUAUAAACUUUGACGUAAAUAAAACAUGUUCACUGCAGAAGAUAACUUAAUGAAAUAUUUAAAUAUUAUUAGCUACCAUUGCCCUUAACACUUGGGUGCAAAAUAUAAGUCAAAUGUUUUGUAAAAUAUCAAAAUUUAUAAAUUUUUGUUCGGCUAA